AUGCGUAAAUUUCUAUUGCUUGCUCUACUACUCUAUAACAUUGUUGCAUGGGCGACGAGAACGAACAAUUACGAAUAUGAUGAUUUGGACGGAAAUAAAAGACAUUCACUCAUAGACGAUAGGCGGAAUUGGAGAAAAAAGGCGUUGUUAAGUCCAAGUGAACUGGAUCACAAAGAAUAUGAAGCAAGGAAACGGCAUGACUACGAUUCUACAAGGUAUUUCGAAGAGUCUGAGCCGAAAUCUUUCGGUGUUAUAGAUAGGCAUAGGGAUGGAGAGAUCCCGAGUUACAGAAAACGGUACGAGGAUCUCGAAAAACUUUCAGGAUUGAAGAGUUCAGAAUCGGGAUCACAUGGAUACACGUAAAUAUAUAUUGUAAUUUCAUGAAUAUUAGACAUUCGUAUGCACUCUAGUAAAUAUAGUUCUUUUCUUUCAGUGAUGAUAAGAAAUCUUCUAUUACAUAUAAUUGCGACCGACCGCACGAAAGGUAUUAUUUUCAUUUUAUUUGAAAAAAGUUAACAGCUAUUAUUUCUCAUAGCAAUCUCAAGUAAUUAAACUUAAAUUAGAGCUCCACUUAGUUCCAAUAGAUGUCAAGUGAUACGCAUAACAAUGAACAACAUUUCAUUUAUUCAUUCCCGGGGAAACUUGAAAAUAAAUUAAAGUUGAAUUUCUACUACCUAUAUUAAUAUAUUACUAUCAUCAGCUAAUGCUGAAAAUAGUAAAAGCCUAUCUGCUGGUUUCUGAAAUGAGCAUAGUACAAUAUCUCAACUGUUUAUUCUCAAUAACUUAUUUUUUUAACAUUUUAUACGUCAAAAUGUCCUAGUUUAUCAAACUGCUAUUAACUGAUCAUUAAAAAGACUAAAAUCGGAAACGAAAACAUGCUUAAGUAUAGUUUGAGACAUAUUCAACUUUAAACACUCAAUUCAGAAACCGGAUGUAUGUUACUUACUAAUAAUAUUGUUUAUGUCAGUGAAGACUUUUACAAUUAACCUAGUAUUUUUUAUUUGAUUUCAUCAAAUACAAACGAAAUAUCAAAUAUUACCUCAUUAUAAUAUUAUUUAUAUACGAUGUAUAAUCCAUAUUAUAAUGUAUAGAAGAGAAAAGAUUUUAUUAUUUGUUUACGAAACUACAUGACUGAUUAGAAAAAAAAAUCUUUCAUCAACGAGAAGCUGCAUUACAGACGUGUAACAAAGGCUAAGGCAAUA